AAAAGGCAUGGUGAAGUGAGUGAGAUAGAAAAACAGGGAGAAAGAGAGGGAUAAAUAGAGGAUGGGAAUAUAGAGGAGGGAGAGAAUGGGAUGAGGAGAGAGAGCACAGGGAAACUUGAAGCAUUGCUCCAUUUAGAAGAAAGGAGAGAGGAAGAGAAAGCAAGUGAGUGAGAUAUGAUAGAGAGGUAUAAGGAGAGGGAAAAGACAGAUGGGGAGAGAGAGAGAAAGAGUGUGUGAAUGAGAUGAGAGAGAAGGGAAUGAGGAGAAGAGAUGGAGUGAGACAGGGUGAGUGAGUAAGAUAAGAGAGAGAGAGAGAGAGAGAGAGAGAGGGAGGGAGAGGAAGAGAAGGAGCUGGUCUCAGGCUCGGAGCAGCAGUGUGCCGGGAGACAUCAGAGCGCAGAGGACGGAGCGGUGCGAGGAUGAAAGGAUGGAGAGAAUGGAGGGAUAACGGAGCGUAUGCGUGCUUUAGUGGUGAACUCAGCUGCAGCGCGCACUCGGGACGCAGGAGCUUUUCAUCAAGCCCUGACUUGUUGCAUCGUUAAAGCUGAACUGCUGCACAAAUGGACUGGUUUAUGAUGAACUGCUGCUAAUUGCCGCUAAUUACUGGUCGCUAAUCAGGCUGGAGGACUCGAGCGUGACCUGGAGACACUCAUUCUUUUUGAUUUUUAUUGAAGUGUGACAGGAUUCAUGCGGGUGUGAACUUAAUGAAGAGCUGAUUUUUCUCUCAACGAGGAUGUAAUAUUGGAUGAUACGAAGAAAAACCACUGACACUAAGGAUUGGACUGUACAUACGUGUGUGUGUGUGUGUGUGUGUGUGUGUGUGUGUGUGUGUGUGUGUGUGUGUGUGUGUGUGAUGUGAUGUCUCGGUCUUUGUAUGAUGGCAAUGAGGCUCUCGGGGAUCUACGGGCGACCUUUGUUCUGCCCAUCCCAAUGUGCCCUGCCUCUGCUGCUGACUCCGCCCCAUAUUCAGCCUUUGACUCCGCCUUCAGUUGACCAUGCAGGUUCUUCAGAUUGUCAAAGAGCUCGUGUCUCCUUCUCGACGCCGUGCCGGCUCCAGGUUUGCAGCGUCUGACGGAGAGCAGGAUGCCGCUGUGAAGUUGGAUCAGGAACGGGCUGAAAUCGUAGCCAGAUAUGACAAGGGUGUGGAAGGUGGUACGGUUGAGCCGUGGGAGGAGGCGAACUAUGACCUCUACAGAGUGGUGGACCGCUUCGGCUUCCUGCAUGAGAAUGAACUUCCAGCCUCUAAUGCCUUCGAGGAAAAGCAAAAGCAGCUGGAACUGGAGAGGACAGAAAAAUGGUUGAAGAUGCUGAAAAGCUGGGACAAGUACAAGAACAGCGAGAAGCUGGUAAGGAGGAUCUAUAAAGGAAUCCCACUACAGUUUCGAGGACAGGUCUGGUGUCUCCUCCUUGAUGUCCCCAAAAUUAAAGAGGAGAAGAAGGACUUCUACGAGAAGCUGAAGAUGAGAGCGAGAGAUUUGUCCCCCGAUAUCCGUCAAAUAGAUCUGGACGUGAACCGCACAUACAGAGACCACAUCAUGUUUAUGCGCCGCUAUGACGUCAAGCAGCAGGACCUGUUCCACGUCCUCACGGCCUACUCCAUGUACAACAGGGAGGUGGGCUAUUGUCAAGGUAUGAGCCAGAUCACUGCUCUCCUCCUGAUUUAUAUGAAUGAAGAGGACGCAUUCUGGGCUCUGGUCAGACUGCUAUCUGGACAGAAACAUGCGAUGCAUGGAUUUUUCGUGCCAGGUUUUCCAAAGCUGCUGCGCUUCCAAGAGCACCAUGACCGCAUCCUGAAGAAGAUGAUGCCUAAACUUAAACAACACCUAGACAGCCAGGAGGUUUUCACCAGCCUCUAUACCAUGAAGUGGUUCUUUCAGUGCUUUCUGGAUCGUACCCCUUUCACAUUAACCCUCAGGAUAUGGGACAUCUACAUUCUAGAGGGAGAGAGAGUUCUGUCUGCGAUGUCCUACACCAUCCUCAAGCUCCACAAAAAGGCCCUGAUGAAGUUCUCUAUGGAGGACCUUGUGGAGUUCCUCCAAGUCACUCUCUCGAAGGAUUUCUUUUUCGAUGAUGACUAUGUAAUCGAACAGCUCCAGAGCUCUAUGUCUGAACUCAGACGCUCCAAACUAGAACUUCCUCCUCCAGGUAAAGACGAAGAGUUUCCUACAAAGCCGCUGGGCCAGCUUCCACCAGAGCCUGAGGGAUUGGCGAAAGAGAAAGCCAAUCACAUCGCUAAUGGGCGGAUGGAGGCUCUGCCCUCUCCGAGCACAGCCACAGAAACAACCGUUUCAGCAAACGGAGAGAAAAAAGACUCAGUGGAUAAAACGCCACAAAAGGCAGAGAAAAGGGGGGAGACCAAAGAAGCCACGCCCCCUGAGAGCGGAAAACCGCAAGUGUCAUCGAGUCAAAACUCGAAUGUGGGUCCCAGUGGACGGAGAGACAUUGGGCCACGCUGGGUAAAACCGUCCGAGGGCAGGCUGGCGGCCAUGAUGGAGGGCCACACGAUCCUCAGUAGCACAGUACCCUCUUCUCCUACCAUAUCAUUGGCCAGUGAACAGCCGCGGCAUCAUCGUCCUCGCUCCCGAGGUUUCGUGUCCGGCUCCAACCGUGGCUCCAACGCCUCACAGUACGACAAUGUCCCAUUGUCCGAUGGAGAUGUUGCAGACAUUCCGGAUUUUACGCACGUUUCAGAACCUCAUCAGUACAUGGCACCAUCUGUUAGACAUGGAAGCCCUACAAGGCCCCCUAGUGGUGGUAUCACUGCUCCAACUUUCAGAAUUCCUAAAAAUCCACCUGUACACUUGAUGUCUGACCCUCGCCAGCCUUUACACUACACACAAGGCAUGAUGCCUGUUUAUUCGCCCUAUCCACCCAAAAUGCAGCCGGAAAACAGAGCGUAUGGAACGGCAUAUGAUGAGAGGGCAUACGGUACUACAGUGCGCUCCACACCCCCAAAUCGCUCACCAGAAAAAGUGAUGAUGAAUAACAGCUACGCCACGCACCGGCGCCAGCCAAUAAAUGUCGAUUUUGUAGGCCAGAUGGACAGCCUUGUUGAAAGCGGGCAUUUCCCGAGGCAGCCUACUCGUCACGUGGAUCAGCGCUAUGAGAGGCAGUGGCAAGGCCAAGGCUGGUAUGGUGAGAUGGACGUGGAUGUGGCGUCCCUGCGCACUCCAGGUGGGUUACCCCGCUCAUCAAGCUUUCAGAAAGCCCAGCUCUCACCUGUACACCCCGGUCAGGAAUUCACCUUCCCACCAGUGCCCGUCUCGGACAACAUGAUGCACUACAGAGCCGUGACUGGCAGGAAACAGAUGCCUACGGUGUUCGGAGGAGUUCAUUACCGACAAGAGGCCUUUGCCAUGCAGGAGUCCAUGCUGCUCUGAGAAAGAGAGAGAGAUACAGACAGAAAGAGUGAAAGAGGAUGUGAUAUGGUGAGAGAAGUUGAGAUAUGGUCCAAAAGAGGGAGAGAAGUAUGGUUAGAGUGAGUGAGAGAGAUUAAGAUAUGGACUUAGAGUGUGAGUGAGAGAUAUGGAGUGAAAAAGUGAGAGUGUUAGAGAGAAUUAAUGAUGGAUGGAUGGAAAGUAUAAUUGCUGGUUAUCUAGAAACGUGUGUACGUGUGUGUGUGUGUGUGUGUGUGUGUGUGUGUGUGUGUGUGCGCGUGUGUGUAUAAUCUGUUUGGUUUGUUUAGUGUGUGUUUACUCGUUGUGACUCUCUGCCCUCAGCGUCUUUACUGAACCGACAUGGCAGGUCCCACCAGCUCCAGGUGUUUAUACUGAUCAACCGUCAAGGACUGACUAAAGAUUUUUUAUUUUUUUAUUUGUUUUCUUCGCAUAAAUAGCCUAAUCCUUAACAGCAACACUUUAUUUUCAAAAGUUUUACAUUUAAAAUUGUACAGAAAAUUUUUCCAUGUAUUUAACCAUGCUUGUCAAUAGCAUGAAGAAAAAACUAAUUUUUUCCCAUAUUAUUUUUAAUAAUUUAGUUUUCCAUAAACAUACGAUCUUUAUAUGUAUAUACUGUAUACAUGUUUUUGAGCUCAGUUUAUUAUAUAGGGUUGUGAAUAUAAAAAGAAUGAGCUAAGAUUAGAACAAAAAAAGUUCCUGUUAUAAAUAUUUCAUUUUUGCACGAACCACAAAAUGUAACUCUUUUCCCCAGUAUGGAGAGAUUUCUCUCUCUCAAGGGUAUAUGCAGUUAAAAAGAGGUGUACGUCGUACCUGUGCCAGUCUAUCGAGUUUGAUAAUCAGACGGAUCCUGAAUUUUGCCGUCUUUGUUCCACCUCGCAGUAAAACCCUAUAAUGAGCAUCAGUGCAAAUCAAACAUCCAGCUUAUCACACUCUGCGAAGUCUUUCCACAGCGAGAUCAGAUCAGGAUUAGAACAGCAGAAAUGUCCAGCUAGAUCUCUGUACACGGAUAUAAUCACAGCACACACUCAGGUUAGAGAAGCUUUUGUCACUAAAGCUGCUUUGGAAGAGAAAGAACAGCAUGAAAACACCAUCAUCAAUGCAAAAAAGCUAUAUCUUUAUAUAUAAAUAAUUUAUUUAGUUUUAUUUAGUCAACAUACAUGAGCUGCCAGUUUAUUAGGAACUUGUAGGUAGAGGUGUUUGCGGGAAUUUUUUUAUUUUUAUUUUUUUUUUAAAUCCCAAUCCCACCUGCUCCCGCAGUUAUUAUUGUUUUCAUCUGCCUGACACAUUUUCUGAUGAAUUUAGUUGCUUCUGUUACUUAAAG